AUGGCUUCAGUUCGGCCACUUUUGACCACAACGACUCGUGAAAGGACAAUGGCGAUCGUACCUGCACAUUCACUGCGUGGCUGCGCGUUUGGGCCCGCCUCCAGAAUCGAGACGUCCCUCCUGAAAUUCAGACCGCUGCGCCAGCCACAGUUCAAUCGCAAUGCCUCCACAUCCACCUCAACACCGGCGCAAACGCCGCCAUCAGCCUCGCGGUCGCUCCACUCAUCCAGCAGCAGCCGCCAGGCAGGUGCAGCCCUCGACACCACAGCCAUCCCAGGCCCAGUCUUCGAGCCCACCAUGACGCCAACCGCGACUGGCACCAAGGCGCCCCUGUCGGUGCUCCCCUUGAUCACGAUCCUGCGCUCCCUGGCGGUGACCACCAUGUCGUCAUCGCCGGUCCUCCUGCCCCCCUCGCUGUCGAUCAUGAGCAUGCUCGCGCACACCACCAACCCCGUCCUGAACCCCGACCGAAACCCGCUCCUGAAGCAGCUGAUCAAGAACACGUUCUACGCCCAGUUCUGUGCGGGCGAGACCGGGCCAGAGGUCAAGGCCACGAUGGCUAGCCUCAGGGGGAUUGGGUACUCGGGUGUCAUCCUGGGCUAUGCCAGGGAGGUGGUCCUGAGCCAGAGCCAGCUGGAGGCCCUGUCGACGCGCGGCAUGGACGACGAGAUCGCAAGGGAGUGCGUCCAGAACGAGGUCACCCCGUGGGCCAAGGGGACGCUAGAGACGGUGCGCCUGGCCGAACCGGGUGACUACGUUGCCUUGAAAUUCACAGGCGCAGGCCGCCAGGCCCUCUGGUCCCUGUCCCAGCGCCUCCCACCACCAGAGGCCCUCGCGGCCGCCAUCGACGAGAUCUGCACCCUCGCCGCGGCGCGCGGCGUCAGGCUCCUCUUCGACGCGGAGCAGCAGGCGGUGCAGGCGGGCAUCGACGACUGGACGCUGCGCUACAUGCGCAAGUACAACACCAACCCCAGCAGCGGGGCCGUCAUCCACGGCACCUACCAGGCCUACCUCAAGGCGAGCCCCGCCGUGGUGGCGGCGCACCUGCGCGCCGCGUCGGAGGGCGGGUUCGCCCUCGGCGUCAAGCUCGUCCGCGGCGCGUACCUCGGCAGCGACCCGCGCCACCUGAUCCACGGCUCCAAGGCCGACACGGACGCGUGCUACGACGGCAUCGCGGGGGCGCUGCUGCGGCGCGAGUGGGCGGGGCCGCUGGCGCCGUUCGCCACGGCCGAGGACAAGGGGGCGGCCUUCCCGCGCGUGGACAUGGUCCUGGCGUCGCACAAUGCCGAGUCGGUGCGCAGGGCGCGGGCGGCGGCGGCGGCGGGAACUGGCGGCGGGGAGGUCGCGUUCGCGCAGCUGCAGGGCAUGGCGGACGAGGUGUCGUGCGGGAUCCUGGCGGCGGGGCAGGGGCAGGGGCAGGACCGGGGCAAGGCACCGCGCGCGUACAAGUACCUCGUGUGGGGCUCCACGGGCGAGUGCAUGAAGUACCUGCUCCGCCGGGCGCAGGAGAACAAGGACGCCGUGCAGCGGACGCGGGACGGGCGGGACGCCAUGAGGGCGGAGGUGUGGAGGCGGCUGAGGGGGGUGUUUGGGCUUGCCUGA